UCCUCUAUCCAGGGCUGCUGGAGGGCUGCUUCUCUUUGAGCCUUUAGGGAGAUUGUCUUCACUGGGGCAAGAGUGGGGUACAGGCUGUGUUAUGUCACUUUUCAGAGGAAGCAGCUACAAUGAGUCCAUCCUCUCCACCAUGGGGGAAUAAAAAAAACAGUUCAGGAUAUAGCUGGGAAGUGAUUUCCUACCAGAAGUGUGUACCAGUCGCCUGUUAAAAUGUGUUUAGAAAUAAUCACUAGAGGAAUUUUUUUUUCAUUCUCCACAAAAGCUGCUUAAGAUAUGGAUGUGAUUUUAAAAUAUGGGUGAAGGUUGACAGCUGAAUGUUUUUAGUCUUGACAUCUGCCAACAGUGGUGAUAAUGAGGAAUAUUUAUUGAACAUCUAGAAUGUGCUACACUGUGCUUAGCACUUUUUUUUUAAAGAUUUUAUUUAUUUAUUUGAGACAGAGAGAAUGAGACAGAGCACAUGAGAGGGGGGAGGGUCAGAGGGAGAAGCAGACUCCCUGCCGAGCAGGGAGCCCGAGGCGGGACUCGAUUCAGGGACUCGAUCCAGGGACUCCAGGAUCAUGACCUGAGCCGAAAGCAGUCACUUAACCAACUGAGCCACCCAGGCGCCCCUGUGCUUAGCACUUUAUGCACAUUUUUCCAUUCAUCCUCAGCCAGCCUGUGACUUAGGCAUCGUUCUCUUCCCAUUUCACAGAUGAGGAAGGUGAGGCUCAAAGAGAUUGAGCACUUUGUUCAAGGCCCCAUGGCUAAUAGAUGGAGGAGCCAGUUUAACCCCUGAUCUGCUCUUCCCAUGACUGGGCUCUCAACUUGGUUGUGUUGUCUCACCUUUAUCAACAAUUUAUUCAGGGCACUGAAUGAUUUAAACAUUUUAAGUACGUUUUAGUUAAAAUGUUUAUAAAGAAAUAUUUAUUGGGGCGCUUGAGUGGCUCAGUCUGUUAAGCAUCCGACUCUUGAUUUCGGCUCGGAUCGUGAUCUCAGGAUGGAACCCCUGCUUGAGCCUCAGUGCUGGGCGUGGAGUCUGCUUAAGACUCUCCUCCCUCUGCCAGUUCCCCCUUCCCUCUCUUAAAAAAAAAAAAAAAAAAUAUAUAUAUAUAUAUAUAUAUAUAUAUGUAUAUUGAGUGCCCACUGUGUACUGGGCACUUUUCUAUGACUGGAACAAAAAAAGGAUGAUUAAGAUACACUCUCAGCCUGCAGAUAGGGUCCUCGUGGACACUAGUGACAAUAAGAAUGACAAUAGCUAACGUAGAACGCUUACCUAGAGCUCCUGGCAGUGCUCAUGCUUUCUGUGCAUCACAUACUGAUUCACUUAAAGAGAAGAUAGACAUGUUUAACGGAAGACAGAUGUGCCAUUGGAUGAGCAGUAGCCCUUGUGUGACUGACGGCUCUUGGCAACCUGAGCCCUACAAAGGGGACAAACACCAGAGAACAACAGUAGGCCUGCCCUUGCCAGGCACAGCAGAGAUGGCAAGCGAUCAAGGCUGUGGUGCGGAGCAAGCAGCUGGGGACGCAGGCAGCCCAGAUGCAGUCGAUGCUAAGCCAGACCGGUCCUUCUUUGUCCCAUCACUCUUCAGUAAGAAGAAGAAGAAUGACGCGGGGAAAUCAAUCAAGACCGCCCAGGACCGAGUGCUUACAUAUCAGUAUAACAUGAAUUUUGAGAAGGUGGGCAAAUGCAUCAUAAUAAACAACAAGAACUUCGACCAAAAGACAGGUAUGAGCGUCCGAAAUGGGACGGACAAAGAUGCUGAGGCCCUUUUCAAGUGCUUCAGAAACCUGGGCUUUGAUGUGGUCGUCCAUAAUGACUGUUCUUGUGCCAAGAUGCAAGAUCUGCUGAAGCAAGCCUCUGAAGAGGACCACAGAAAUUCCGCUUGCUUCGCCUGCAUCUUGCUAAGCCACGGGGAAGAAAAUUUAAUUUAUGGAACAGAUGGCGUGACAGCAAUAAAGGACUUGACCGCCCAUUUUAGGGGGGACAGAUGCAGAAGCCUUCUAGAGAAACCCAAACUCUUCUUCAUUCAGGUAAUCCCUUUUCAAAGCCAGUGCCAUUGAAAAAGGACAAAGAUGACAGAGCGAUGACAGCGUGACUUGGGUUCUAUCACCUUUACAGAUGUACGUGCUGUUUCAGUUGGGGUUUGCAAAUUUAGGUUUUGUUUUUCUAUCCCUCCAUGCUUGGCAUCUGUAUUUGCAUCAGCUCAGCCGUUGUGAGGGUUUAAGACACUGUGAUAUUUUCAUUUGCUUUGCUUGCUAAUUUGACGCAAGCUUUAUUCAUUAUGUAUUUAUAUUUCAAA